AUGGCCCCGUCAGUACUAGUGGAUCAGCUGGAGCAGGCACCCGUCGCGGUUGCGACCAAGUCGCUCGAUCGCAGAGUGAUCACAGCCUCACAUCCUAACCCGUCAUUACAAGUGACGGCUGAUCAUAAGCUCAAGUCUGUUGAAGCGCCCAUCUAUGCGCCCGGGCAGGGAGAGGUGUUGGUACACAUCAAGGCCACCGGUAUCUGUGGGUCAGAUAUACAUUUCUGGAAGACGGGUCGCAUUGGAUCGCUGGUGUUUGAGGGUGACUGUAUUAUCGGUCAUGAGGCCGCGGGAAUUGUCUUGCAGUGUGGUGAGGGUGUGAGCCAUCUUAAGCCAGGUGACCGAGUGGCCGUUGAGCCCGGUGUUCCUUGUGAGCACUGCUUCCUCUGCGAUGAUGGACGAUACAACCUGUGCGAAGAUGUCCAAUUUGCUGGAGUCUACCCCUACCAUGGCACAAUUCAGCGAUACAAAGUGCACCCGGCAAAGUGGCUACACAAGCUUCCCGACAAUGUCACAUUCGCCGAGGGAGCUCUCCUCGAGCCUCUCUCCGUGGUGAUGCACGGCAUCAAGACCGCAGGACUCAGUCUCGGCCGCGGUGUUGUAGUCUGUGGUGCUGGUCCUAUCGGUCUGAUCGCUCUGGCUGCUGCUCGUGCCUCGGGCGCCCAUCCCAUCGUGAUCACUGAUUUGGAGCCCUCCCGUUUGGCGUUCGCGAAGGACUUGGUUCCCUCGUGCAUCACCUACCAAGUUGACCGAAACAAGGACGCCGAGGGCAAUGCGCAGGCUAUUCGGGCCUUGUUUGGUCCCACUGAAUACGUUGCGCCUGAGACCGUUCUUGAGUGUACCGGUGUUGAGAGCAGUGUUUGUACUGCUGCUUAUACUGCCCGACGGGGUGGUACUGUGAUGGUUAUUGGAGUGGGCAAGGCGAUUAUGAACAACCUGCCAUUCAUGCAUAUUUCUCUCGCAGAGAUUGACCUGCGCUUCAUCAACCGCUACCGCGACACAUGGCCUCCGGCUAUUCAAUGUUUGAGUGGUGGUAUCCUCGAUUUGAAGAAGUUGGUCUCACAUGUAUUCCCGUUGGAGAAAGCAGAGGAUGCCUUGCAUCUUUGCGCUGAUCCUCGGAACGGCAGCAUCAAGGUUUUGGUGGUGGAUGAGGAGGAGGCUUCUUUAUAG